AUGUAUUAUACGCUAUCUCCAGCAUUCUCUUUCAUCUAUAUUGGUGGAAGUGUAGAAAUUCCUAACCUGACCUACACAAGUGACCUAACACAUCCCAAGUCACACAGAUUUAUAGUGCAAGCUGAAGCUGUCCAAAAUUAUUUUGCAGAAUUAUAUGGCUCUUCUGCCUUAGGAACUUAUUACUUGAAAUCAGUUAUUGCUGCCUUUAGUGAAGGGAAAACUGGCCUCCGAGCGUACUACUGGAGCACCUUCUGGGCCCCACACGAUAUUGUUCUCACUAUUAAAAAUAUAAUAUCAAUGAAGCAAAAACAAAUCAUUAGUAAAAGGAGGCCCCUAAAGAUUAAUGGUUCAGCUGAAAUGUUUUCUUUCGAAGAAGAUUUUGAUAUCGUUACAAUGGAACUUUUUGUUUCAGAUUCUAUGGACUAUGAUGUGACAUUAAAAUCAGUGCCCUUUGACCUUUAUGCAAAGCCCGGUAAUAAUAGGACAUUGACGCUGAUGAAUCCCAAGAAAUCUUUCUAUCAGUGGAGGCUGCGAGUGCCAUCUGACUAUGUGGUGAGGCUGGUUGUUGUUACAGCACAUGGAGUGUCUCCUGGGAGCUGCACCUCUCACAGGCUAUCUGCCUAUGAUUUCCUUCUCCCACUACAGAACAAGAUAAUUACAAGCGUGGUGUUCUUCCGAUUUCCCACUAUCUGCUCCGGGGCUUCAGCUUGUGUCGCUGCUUUUGCGUGGCAAUGA